CAUAAAACAGCUGAUGUAAAUUAGGUACUGAGCAGGUACAUUCACCAUUUUUCAAAGCUCUUAAUCAAAGCUACUAUCAACAUUAAUAACAGGGGAUUUUAUAUAUAUAUUACUUUCAGUUAGUAGUCAUCAGAUUAACAUUACAUGUGAAACAUCAUCUUUCUAAAUAAUCUGGCUCUCAGGUGACAGUUUUUGAAAAAUUGCAGAAGUGCCAUAUUUUUACACUCAUAAAGUUAUCCAGAUUAGUGGAACAGGGAAGGGAUUACCAAAGAUGAUAGUGUAGAGGGGAAGCAUCAAAAUUUGUUUUUUGUAGCCUCAAAUGUCCAGGUUUUAGUUCAUAACAAUUAUUUACAGUUGGACUAAAACCCCAUGAAACUAAGGGUUUACAAUGGAAACGCUGAUACAUUCUUAACUAUACACUUCCACAAGUGCACAACUUUAAUAUCUAAUUUAAACUAUGUCUAAUGAUGACUAUAUAACUAAAUAACCCUCAUUAUUGCAUCCCUUUUCACCCAUGGGAAAGAUUUGGCAGUCCAUAAAAAUGUCAGUAUAUCCUCUAUAAAGGUAAACACACCACAUGUUCGUGGACUUGUUCCAGCUUAUUGAUGUAUGGGAAUGCCCCUUGUUACAUGAAUAUAUGUUUAUGUGGGUGACGUCAGUUUUCACAGACCUGCUGCUUUUUCUUACAGUACAUUUCAUGCUGGCAGUGGUAGCAGGUAAUACACACAGCUGUGAGUUCUUUGGGGUGUAAGUGCAGCAAGUACCAUUAUGGUUAUUGAAUGGUAUAUUUCCUAUUCUAAGUAUGUCUGAAUAAACUCUCAUCUCAUAUAAUGCCAUGCAGUAACUGCUGGCAAGUGCCGACUUCAAGGUGCAUCUGACAACUAUAAGGAACAAAAUAUGUUUUAAUAAUAUUUUCUGGAAGCUUUUCUGCUGUAGAUCUUGCCCAUCUCUGUGUAGCCAUCCCUUUCUCUCUCCUCCUCCCCACCCUACCCACUCCCAAAUUUAGGGGGGGAAUGCAAACCUGAUGCCACUGAGUACAAAGAAGUCAGGAUUUCACCCAGGAAAACUGAGACAUGUGGUGACUAGUGUGUACUCACAUGACCAGCUGAAAAUGCUGGCCAGUCCAGGCUGAUGUCCCAUCUACUGAACCAUAUCUGCUACCCUAUGGUAUAAUGCAUGAAUAUAAACAAUAAAGCAUAUUUGUACAGUACCUCCCUGCCCUGGUCCAUGACAGGAGUUCUAAGCCUCUCCCACAGUGCAAUCAGUCAGUUAUCAUAACAAGAGUGCAUGAGAUCUGUCUUAUCUCUUGCAAGUUACCAUGGGCUCAAUACUACAAUGAUUAAAUGCCAAACAAACAUCUUCAGCACCCAGUAGCAAAAUCUAGCUACUGUAUUGAGGUGUGUGUAUGGGAACAGGGAUUUAUUUUUAGCUAAGACCUUGUAGCAGCCAGAUGCUGUCAGAGUUUUCAUCUUCUUCUUAUUUCCCCACUUUCACCUUGCUUGCUACCUCCGUAAAUAUUUUUUCUCCUCAUUUGCUCCGUAUCUCAACAAUGCGUCUAUAUGCAUCCCAUGAGAUGACAAAAGUAAGAACUAGUUCUCACCUGAGUUAAUAAAAUUCCCCUUGCUUGAGUACAGCAGACAGGAUCAGACCCAGUGAAUGCAGGUCAUGAUGGAAAGUUUGUUGUACAGCAGAUUGGAGGGGGAUUGUCAUUCACUAGGCAUUGGCUUUAUUUGCCAUUGCAUUGGACCUGGCUUGGUGACAUGCACUUGUGCAAAGGGAGUGUAAAAUGGUACCAUGUAAGAAUAGGAUGUAUUUGUUUUAUCUGCAAUGGAGAGUUCUGUCAUGGUGCUAGAACUCCAGAGUGCUUAGGUACUUUUACCUGUCUAGUGCUUUUGCUUCAGACAAGUAACCCCUGUGUCUGAGGUUGCAAGUAGAUUAUAUUGUAUGUAAAAAAAAUCUUAAAGUCCACUUAUUGAGCAUCAGUCUGGCUACCUAGAGAGUGCACUAAACUAUGUCACAGGAAAGCAGAACUCCAUUCCUGGCUCUUUCAGAAGUUUGCUGUUUGACCUAAGUCAUGAUUCCUCUCUGCUGGGUGACCUUCCACACAUCAUGCUUCCUUUCUGUGCACCAGUUUCCCCAUCUAAAAUAAGAAGACUCAUACGGAGAUCCUCUCGGAAGCACUUUGAGAGGGAAUCCUGGAAAUGAAGAGCUGUAUGUUUUUAAUCUAACCUCCUUAACCAAGUCUGAAAAUAUCUUGUCAGCUUCAUUUCAUUAUUACAUUGGGGACCUACUGAACAUGAGUUGGAGUUGUCCUCAAUCCAGAGGCUGCUCUCGUCAUGGAAGCAGGAAACCAAAAAUUCAGAUAGAUCUCUUAGUGUUGAGUGUCCCUUCUCGUGGGAACCAAACUCGGACUCUGGGACACUUUCUAAUUAAUGUCUCUGCUGCUUAUCGGGCUGAUGUUUCCUGGCAGUGGAAGGACUUCACUCAUGUCUUGUGUGAGGCAAAACAGAAUGACGAAUUUCUCAUUGGUGUCAAGAUGGCCUCAACCAGCCAUUACCUCUGGAGAAGGAUGCCAUCCAGCUAUGAACCCUACAUCCUGGUCUAUGCCAAUGAUUCUGCCAUUUCAGAACCAGACACCGUUGUUUCUAACUUUCAAGGACACCAACAUUCUCUGUCUGUGGGCUUUCCCAGACAGGAGAGCCACUCCAAGGGCAGCCUUACUGAGCAGCGACGGAAGCGCUCCACCAGUGUCUUGUUGCCCUUGCAGAACAAUGAACUCCCGGGCUCUGAAUACCAGUACAAUGAGGGUGAGAGAUGGGAAGAGAGAAAAUCCUACAAAACUCUCCAGCCACGCCUGGCUGAGAGGGCCAAGAAUAAGAAAAAGCAGAGAAAGAACCAGCACCAGAAGAGCCAGACACUCCAGUUUGAUGAACAAACCUUAAAGAAAGCCAGGAGGAAGCAGUGGAAUGAGCCACGGCACUGUGCACGGCGCUAUCUCAAAGUGGAUUUUGCAGACAUUGGCUGGAGUGAAUGGAUUAUUUCUCCUAAAUCCUUUGAUGCAUAUUAUUGUUCAGGUGAAUGCCAGUUUCCCAUUCCAAAGGCUUUGAAGCCAUCAAACCAUGCCACCAUUCAGAGCAUUGUGAGAGCAGUUGGGGUUGUUCCUGGUAUUCCUGAGCCAUGCUGUGUUCCUGACAAAAUGUCUUCCCUCAGCAUCUUAUUCUUUGAUGAAAAUAAGAAUGUGGUGCUUAAGGUUUACCCCAACAUGACAGUGGAGUCUUGUGCAUGCAGAUAACAGCCCAGAAGAAACCUUUGAAUUGUUUAACAUCAUCUUUUGCAAUGUUUUUUUAUUCCUAUAUUUUUUGUUUGCACUUCCAAUGCAUUUCAUUCCAGAAAAAAAAAGAAAAAAGAUAUGAGCAAAACUGAAUUAGAAAGAGGACUAACAUGAAGAGAAAGCUGAAUGGAGAUGUCUAGGUGGGAGGAGGCGGGGGAGGGUGGGAGACAUAAAACUAAUUCACCUUUGAAACUGACUGAGAAGCAAGAUUUGGCAACUGGGACUAAGUAUUUCUGUUGAAAUACAAAUGAAAAGUGAAAUUUUAUCAAAGACUCUUCAAGAUGUUUUUAGAACUAUCAGGAGGACGUGUUGAUUUAUUUUUGUAUGAGGUUUUGAAAAUGGCAGCAGCUGUUUUAUUGUUGGCCCCAUCUUUCUAGUGACGAACGGGAAAGGAGUUUAAAAAAUAUGUUAUACAGUUUGAAACCAGGCUUUCUGCCUUCAAUUACUGAACAGCUCAGCAAGUGCUAAAUAACCUAAGCAAACCUGACAUCCUACAAGCCUUAGAAAAUCCAACAUAGACAUUUAUUUCUUUGAUACGACAUAUCAUUGAUUGUACCUGUAUAUUCAUUUUUGUUUAGCAUGUUCUUUGUAUUUCAGCCAAUAUGAUGCCCCUGCCCACAGUUUAGAUAAGGGCAAAUCACAGCAGUGUUGCAUGUGAAUUUGUAAUGCCAUACCAAAGCUUUUCUUUCAUGCCGCAGAACAGUAAGAAACUAGUCACCAUAUAGCCUGGUGACAUGGAAGUAUCAUAGCUCAGCAUCACAGCUAAGCAAAUAAUUCCUAACAAGCAUGGUUGAACAUGGAUAGUUUGUGGGGUUAUGUUCUAUAAUGUUUCCAAAGAUGAGGGUUUGCAACCCAGGGUGAGGUGCUCAGGGCCAGGGGGAUCAUAUAUAGCUGCAGCAAACAGCUGCAUAGGACCAGUCCACUGUUCCAACUGAUUGUUGCAGUGUUGAUAUUAAAGGCACCACUUCUCCAGGCAGCUGUAAAGUACUGAUGUUGAGCUCCAGCUAAAUGGAGAUGCCCUUUCAAGUAAAAGCCACAGCAAACAGCUGUGCGCCUCACCUGUUACUUGGCAAACCACUACAGAUUGAGCAGGUUGUGAACUGCCCAGAUAAUAAUCUGGGCUCUAGUGAAUUUGCUACUUACACAGUCCAUGAGGAAAUGACUGAUGUCUUAAAUUUAUGUGAAAUUAUUUGCAUAACUUGAUCCACAGAUUGAUUGGGAGGACUUCACUGUGAUGUUUUGACCAACAUUUGGUCUGCGUUUGCUAGUCUUGAUUGCAUAGGUCACAUAGCAUUGUUUUAGUUCCUGUAUUGGACAAAAGUUGCUUUUAGGCCACAUCUAGAUGGCAGAAGUACCAUGACCAACAGCAUCGCCAUCCAACGCAUCACAGAGUUCUGUGCACCAUACUGCUCAGGCCAGAAGCUGCACAAGUGAGUAGAGGUGUAGUGAGAGAAGAUUAAUCCAAGUUGGGCAGCAACAUGCAUGAUGUGUUUAAAGAUGCUGCUGCUGGGCUUGGUAAUUUAGCAGUCUCGGCAGGGCCUUAGAACUAUGUGUCUGGUAAAGAUACUCAAACUGUCAGUUUAAAAUGUAUACCUUGAGAGGUUUCUCUCACAAAUGCCUACAAUAUGCUGUUUCAGUGAACUAUCCUGUCACCAGGUAAAAUUGGCAAAAUAUUUUGCAAAAAAUGAAUCCUGCAUGGUAUAAAACAAUUGCAGAGAGCUUGGCCCUUUAUUCAGGGCAGCAUUCACACAGUAUUUGCCCAGCUCUGCUCAGGCAGAGGUAUUAUGCCAGUGGACAUAACCUAAAGAUAACAGCACUUUUUAAGGAGAUUCCUGUCUCUCAAGAACAAUUAGCUUGUGUGAAAAAUAAUUUUGAACAAAUUUAAGCAACUUUUUUGUGAAACUCACCUCAACAAUUGACUUUGGAAACCAGAUGCUGAUCAGAAAAUAUUCAGGUUUUCUACACUGAGAACAAAUGAAUACUUUUGCUGCUCUCAGAACAACUAAGAGCUAUACUACAGUAUCAAUAAAUUCCCACUGCACUGAAUGCAGCAACAAUCCAUUUUACCACGUAGACACCUGCAGUUUCACUGCUAUUUCAAGAUAGUAUGAAUGGUUUAUUCUUAAUGUGCCAUUUGGUCACUAAUAUUGUUGUGUUUGCAAACUUGAUAAAUGUGUGUACGUAUAUGUGCAAGAGAUGGGGGAUGUGGAAGAGAAGAAAGAACAUACCCUGUAGUGUCCACAGUGUAACCAGGCAAAGAUCCAGUAGAAGUCAGUGGGAGUGCUGCUGAGGUGAGAACUACAGAGUAAACCCAGAGGAAUAUAAGGGCUUCCUGAUAAUAUAAGCCCUUUCCUGAUUUGUGCAAGUGGUGUGCUUCUGGGGACAGAUUCCCAAAUGGUGUAAAUCAAUAUAGCUCUGUUGGCUUCAGUUGAGGUGUAACAAUUCUCAAAAGUUAAGGAUCUGAUUUCUUAAAAUUCCAACUGUUCUUCAGAGAAAUCUUGGCCUACAGAGUGAACUGUAAGAAAGACUCCCUUUCCAGAGGCCUCAUGGAACCUGAAGUCUUUAGGACCACAACUGUCAAUAAACAAGGACGUGUGAUGAUAUCUGUGCUCAUAAGCCAUGCCUAUCUGGAUUCUCUGUCAUUUGACCUACUUCUGUAUAUAGAAGAAACAUUUUAAAUGAAACGUGGUGCUUCACAUGUGUUUGAAAAUUAUAAAAAAGUGUAUUUUGUGCUACAAACAGAAGACAGUUGCAGACAGAAAGAGCCUUCCAUUCCCCAGAAACAAAAAGGCUGCUGAACAGCUCUUGUCACUCAAUAACAAAGAAAGCCUGUGUCUACAUGUUGUUCUUUAUGUGUGUGAUCUUGUGAAGAGAGACGUGCUUUAAGGAGAGUUCACAGCAACAAAGUACACAAGUGUCUGCACUCUGUGGGGAUUACCUACAAUUUCUUUGGUGUUAGUCCAAUCCUUCACCCACUGAAGUCUUUGGGAAUCUGCCACUGACUGUGUGACUGGCAGUCACUAAUGCAUGGUAAUUCUCUCAAGCAAAAAAAGGAGACUUUUAAUUAAGCUUCUUCAGCUGCAAAGAAAUCCAUAUUUUAGAAAAUAAGUAUAUCAAUAGCUGCUAUUUAAAUGAAAAUAAACCUAACCAAAUCUAAUAAUUAAUUACAACGGAGAAAUAGCUUUUGUACAGUUUUAUUGGGCAGCCCAGAAAGUGUGACAAUAAUUCCAGUGUCUGUCUUUAGGUUUAAGUGGCAAUUGAUUAGUAGCCAUUGUUUCUUUCCAAAUCCUGUCCCUUACAGCAUGUUUAAUGAUCACCACAGGCUAAGUUGUCUUAAGAUAUAUGCACUUCAGUUCCAUUGAAGAUAACAUGGGAGCUGCUCACCUUACUAGAAGGCUGAAGUUAGCCCAAAGUUGUCUUUGCCUACCCCACAAAGAACACUGUAAUACUGACAAACAGUUUAUAUCAUGCACUAUUUUAAGGAUAACUUACCAGCCCAAAGCAUUCCAAAAGCCUGCAAAUAUUAACAGUGGUUCUACAAUAAGGAAUUGUUAUGCAGUUGUCGCAAAUUCUUUUUGUACAUAUAUCUCAUUGGGGGAGGGAAAAGCUUUUAUAUACUUUUUAUUAAAGAAUGGUGAUUA